AUGUUGACAACGCCGUCUUCGCCGCCGCUCCCAUCGUCGGGCAACCAGCAAGGCGCCUGGACACGACGCAUCCGCAAAUCGGAUGUCUACCCCUCUUCACUAGAGGCCAUCCGCGCACGGGUUGAGGCCCUGCGCGGUCGAUGGCGAGGCGGCGGGGCGGCAUAUGUCGUCCCAAUUACGCGGGCCGUGUGCACCCCGCUUUACCUGCGCCUGGAGGUGGAUGAAUCGCUGGCCCUAGAGCUGCUGGGGCCGCCGUGGGAGUACGAACGGCACAGUGCGCCGAUGGGCGAACGUGACGCUGCUCUCUGUGUGUUGUCGGUUGCGCAGCUCCUGUCACGACUUCACGCAGUAGGCGUGGUGCAUGGACACCUGCAGGCAGGCGUAGUGUGGCACCACACAGGUGAUGCGCUACGUAUCGUUGUUACCGAGUGCGAACUGCCCAUGACCGCCCUCGUUCCCUACGGAGGGGUAGGGAGUGAGGCGCGGCGGUGCGCCGCGCCGGAGAUUCUGCGAGGAGACCCCUACGCUGGCGCGGCUGAUGUUUGGGGACUGGGUGUCCUCCUCGUCCAACUGCUCCUGGGGUCGUCGAAGCCGGUGUGCACAGCGGACCUCGAAAACUCUGAUCUGUUGUCGCCGUUCAUCUCCUCGUUGGGCCCAAGCGCUGCGAGUUUUGUGUUGCCGUGCGUGAAGAGUGACCCGCACGCUCGCCCGCUACUGCUUGAGGUGCUGCAGCAUCCAUUCCUAGCAUCGGCGCUGCCGGUCCAUGGAAACGAAGUCGGAGACGAGCAGAGAAGCGAUUGCAGCAGCGAGAACAGCAACACCAGUGAAAGCGAGGAACUGGAGGAUAGCGACACCGACUCUACUUGA